UAAACAUUGUGAAGGACACCUCAAAUCACUGGACGUCAACCUGUCAGAGUAUAGGCAUCUCAGACGUGACCUAAUGAAUAAGCAUCCUUAACAUCCCUGAGACCACGCUAAAUAGCUCAAUCCGAAUACAAAUUUUGGAGACAACUGCUGAAAUUUCAGAGUCACUGUUUCUUUGCUACUAGACAUGGAAGUCCGUUGAAUAAAAACUUCUUUCCUUUCCCCAACCAUAUCAAUCGUUUGAAGUGGUCGAGCUGAACCAUUUGAAGACUCUACACCGUUUCAACCUCAAGGACGUUGUAGAUAUUCGAGUUCUUAUAAUUUUAAGACCGCUGUGAUUGUUGGCAUUAGGUUUUAUGUAGUCUUGUUAACUGUACUUUUUAGUGGUUAAGCAAAGUUUUGGACUUCAGUGUCAAACAUAUUUUAAACAAAUAACGACCUGUUUAUGCAAAAUAUGAGAAAAACAACUAAAUUUUCGGAUGUACUUCUCAGACCACUUGGUGCGAGUGUCUAGGAAUAGAAAAAUGAACAUAACUGUAGACCUGGGGCUGUUCUCUCAACACCGAUAUGUUUUAAAUCGAGGACAUUAGACGAAAACCAAUGGUCAUUAUUUUCCUAAUAAAGUGAUGAAAACGUUUUGCUAUGAUUGGGACUCCUAGUCCUUAUCUCUUGCACUUAAUAAUAACUUGGUGAUGAAGUCUAUAUUACUACUUUUGAGUGAUUUAAUUUCCCCAAGUGCACUUUAAUUGCUCUCAAAUAUCGUCCAUUAAUUAUGGUGUCAUUCAAGUUUCUGCUAGUUGAAGAAGCUCUAAUCGAUGAAAACUUUAAAGGUAUUGUAGUGUUUCAUCAAAAUAUUUUAGGUCACCUGAUCAAUCGAAUUUAGUUGUGAUAUCAAAAACUAUAUUCAAGUCAAUCCGGUCCAUGAGUUGAUUUUCUGCGUAUAUGCACACCAACUUACGGGUUGUAAAGCUUAGCCACAAAAACGCCUGAUCAUUUUACGUGGAUAAAUUGGUUGCAGACAGAAUUUCUUGCUCCCUUGUUACACAUCAUUCAGAUUUCAGUUACUGAAACGGUUGGGACGGCUGUUUUCACUAACAGAUUGUUCAGGAAAUUCAUGUUUUCUAUCUUUGUGUUUCGUAUAAGGAAUACUGUUCCCAGCCUCAAUGAUCAGCGCCAUCCAGUGUUUCUCUGUGUGCUUGUGACUAGGCGGAUUCACAAACUACUUCAUCCAUAUAAGACUUACUGAGACAUUUUGAUCAACAGCCCAGUAUUCUUUGACACUUGACCAGCCAUAAUCAGAGAAUAACAAGAAGAAACAUUUAGUAGUAUUUUGGCUUUUCUUAUCUACUUCCUGCUCUUCAGCUUAUCAGAAAUAAGAGCUAGGUUGUGUUAAUUCAAUACCUUACAAAUAUUUAAAAACCGUGACAGUAGUUUGGGAAAGAAUUUGAUUCACAAAAUUCCAUACAUGAAGCGCCAAAAAUGAUAUAACUCAUGAUACGCGGCACUGUAUUUCCUAACAACAUAUGUCUCUCAAGAUUGAGUUUGACCAUGUCUUGCUGAAUAUAUUUUGUUUAGAAGCUAGUUGGUUUGGUAAUAUGAGUUUGUAGUAAGUGAAAAAAAUUGGCUAUGCGGUGAAUACAUCUAAAAUUCUAAGGGUUAUAAUAGGACAUUUUGAUUCCUAUACCAGUUGAACUUCAUUUGUUCCAUGGAAGUGUCUAUAGAACUUAAACUCUCCUCAUGUCACCAAAAUCAAGCCUAUUGGCAUUUUAAGCAAAGCGGUUGUAGUUCAACAUGUAGAAAAGCUGUUAUUAGUAUAAUAUUUUGCGUAAUAGCUCUUGUAUUAUGUAAUGUUCCUAAUAAAGCUCUUAAAUUUUAGGAGCGUCUUGUGCAUGUGGGUCAACCAGUGCUUAAGUGGUAAGCUUGUCAUAUCUAGAAUUCUUCUGUGGUGAAACAUCUUUAAUGUCAGUUUGCAGGAAAUUCGGUCGAAAUAAUGGUUACUAUUGGUUCAUCGUUCUUCCCGAAUGUAGCAAAAGCCUUAUUUCCCGGAAUUCACAUAGCUCUACAAAUGGUGUUGAAAUGACUAGAAUGCAACAGCACUAUGCUCUGUUAAAUAAGAAAUGCGAAGAACACAUAACCACAUUCGAUCAAGUUAAUCCGCGGGAUGUAUUUGUAAAUAAUGAAGUAAAGUUGAGCAAAAUUCAAGUGUACGGGUUUGAUUAUGAUUACACAUUGGCUCAUUAUACAUCCGCAUUGGACGAAUUUAUUUUCAAUGAAUCUCGUAACUGGCUUGUUGAACAGAUGAAGUAUCCUGAAGAAAUUCUGAACUAUGAUUAUACUGAGUUCGCUAGACGUGGUUUACAUUUUGAUGUAAAACGAGGCUUAUUAAUGAAAGUAGAUGCAUUUCAUCAUAUUCAACUGGAUACUGUUUAUCGUGGAUUUAAACUACUGUCAUUGGAUGAGAUAUUAAAAGUUUAUCGUGGGAGUCAUUUAUCUAGUGAUAUUUUAAAACAAAAAUUUACACCUAAUGACACCAUUAUGAUUCAGUUGAUGGAUCUUUUCCGAUUACCGGAAAUUAAUCUUCUAUGUUCUAUUAUAGAUUUUUUUGAUCGACAUGGAAUAGAUUAUAAGCCUGUUUAUGUUUAUCAGGAUGUUUCUACAGCUGUAGCAAGAGUCCAUAAAUCUGGCCUUCUAGGUCAAACCGUAAUGUCUGAUCCAGAAAGGUAUAUUGCGAAGGCACCAGAACUAUCUACGUUUUUAUAUCGCUUAGUAAAAAAUAAUAAGAAAUUAUUUGUUAUUUCAAACAGUUCAGCUGCUUACAUAGAUAGGGGUUUGAAAUUUUUGGUUGGAAACGACUGGCAAGAAUUAUUUGACGUGAUCAUUUCUAGAGCCAAUAAGCCAUCGUUCUUUAAAUCAUCACUCGGGCAAUUUCGACGUACUGAUAUCAGUGGGACUUUCAAACAUUGGGAAGCAGUUCAAACAUUUAAACGAGGUCAAAUAUAUGAAGGAGUAUGUCUUCAAUUACUUGUGAUAUAUUUUCACCAUAAUGACAAUAAUAAUAAUAUUCUGAAUAUUCAUUUCCCAAUAUAUGAUAUCAGCAAAUGUUUCUCGAUACAAAAUAUGUUAAGUGAUUAUAAAGAUGUUAUGGUAACACGUAAGUACAUUCAGCCAAUAGAAGUAAUUAUUUAUUUAAAGUGAGAAGUUUUAUAGCAAUAUGUUCAAGCUUAGAAAAAUAGCAGUCGAAAAUUUUGAACAGACCCUGAUGUGUCCUUGUCAAAUAAUAAUCAAUGUUGACCAAAUUUGUCGGUUUAUACUGAACAGAGCACAAUAUUUGAAUCGAAUGCGAAGCAAACUUUUAUUUGUGUUAUCUUAACUUCCUUAAUUUUACCAUACUUUGAUUUUACAAUAUGACACUGUCAUGAAUCUUACAAAAAUGGUCACAGUUGUACUUUUACAUUACUAAUUGUUCAUCAUCGUUCAAAUGAUUAACAUUGGCCAAUAUUUAGGUAUCUAUAAUGGUUUUCAUGUGAUUUUGUUAUAUUUAUUUUGUGUCAAAUAAAUUUUGUAAGAUACACACCUAAGGCUAUUCAACGUUCAAUAAACCCAACGCUACAGAUGUAACUAAGGCUCCUCUCGAUUAUGAUAUUGUUUGCGUUUCAAUUAGUUAAGAAAUUCACAUCAGGUUUGUAAAGAGAGAUUUCAUUAGAUCCCUUUUCGGAAUUGUUUUAUAGCUGUACACUCCUGUUGACCUUGGAUCCCUUGUUAUUAAUAACGUAUCAAGAAACCUAUGUAAAAGCCAACUAUAAUAAUAUUUCGAGGAACGACGUUUAACUGGCUGCUUCGUGCCUACUGUUGACACCAAUAUGAUUGAGCGAUAUUGAUGCCAAUGAAAUAUAUAGCCUGCUUAACUAUGUAUAACUCUGUCCACCAAUCAUGUUAAUAAAACCUAGAAAUAAAAGGUCGAAUACGAGUUGCAUUUGGGACAUAUUUCAGACACUCGUGUAAGUAGACAAACUAAAUGAGUGAAUAAGGAAAUUGAAUAGAGGCUCGCGGGAGAAACUGAAAAAGUCUACUCAGUGAAAAAAGGGUGAAUUAGUAUUUAAUAAGGUGAAUAAUAUAUCAAUUAUAGAUUUAGAAAAUGAGUGUAUUAAUAUGACGGGAAGAAAAGUCAAAUUUAGAUUGAUUUACUCAUUAUGAUUUUCGUUCAACGUUACUUCCUUUUUAAUUCAAUGUGAUCAUUACCCAAUGUACGAUAAUCAUGUGUUCAAUUGACAUGAACUAUGCACAGCAUGACAUGCAGCAUGUGAUUUGUUAUAACUGUAUUUUUCAUAUAUAUGUGAUUUCAUCCUAAUU